UAUUUACAAGUGAUAAUACGAUAUUAACGGGAUCUGUGUGGACAAAGUCGAAGAAGAACAAGGAAAGCUGAAAUGCGCCCGUUGAGAUUCACACUCGCGAUCUGCACGCUCGCUGGAUUCUGGCAACCACCAUCGUGGACAUCGCUGUUCCAACAUGUCGCCUAUAAAACUUACGCGAUGUUUCUCAUCUCCUCGUUAUAUACGUUCUCGAUCUCUCAAUUCAUGAACAUCAUGCUGAAUGUCGAUAAUUCCGACGAACUCACUGAGUCGAUGUACAUGAUGCUGACCGUAUUCGUCGCGGGCUACAAACAAGUUUGCAUAUGGAUGGACCGUAAGAAUGUCACGUGGAUGAUCAACGUGCUCACCGGGAAAACAUUCAGUCCGUCGGAAUCGGACGAGGUGACGAUCCGACGGAAGUUCGAUAAGAAGAUACAGUAA